AGUCAGCUCGCUCUCUCAAGCAUAAAUACCUGCCUUUCCCUCGCCCUGAUCCAUCCAAAUCAUCAGAUCAAAUCACCAGACCAAUCAAGCAUCUACUGAACUAUUUCUGAAAUCAACUCACUACUUCAAAUCACUUCAACUACCAUCAAAAUGUCCUCCAACCAGAACCCCGGAAACUUCGCCAACCGCCCCACGAGGAGGUCGAGAACAUUGCUCGCAAGGGAGGCCAGUCCAGCCACCAAGGUGGUUUCGCCAGCAUGGACCCCCAGAAGCAGAGAGACAUCGCUUCCAAGGGUGGCCAGGCCUCCAGCGGCAGCUUCCAGCCCGGUGAGGAGCGUGCCCGUGAGGCUGGUCGCAAGGGUGGCCGCGCCACCGGUGGUACCGAUCAGCCCGAGGAUUAAAUCAGUCGAUAUGAGUGACGACCUUGAGUGAUGAUAAUGAUGGACUCGCUGGCAGUGCCACAUGUACUAUACUUUUAAAUGAACAAUGAACCUUCACUGAUAUA